UAGGCGUAAGAAGAAAAACAUUUGUUAUUAGAUCUCAGUGGGAACGUAUAAAAGCUAAUGAAGGCAUAGGACUACAAGUGAUGGUGUGUUAUUGUUUUUCUAUUGCACAGAGGAACUGUGUCGACCGGCUGCGCGUGACAAACGUACGCAAACAACACUCGUUUUUAUAUUAAUGAAAGUAAUUCGUGGAAAUUUGCAAUGUUUUUAUUGUACGAGAACGUGGAAAUAUUUCUCAGUCAGCGACAACGGCGUAAAACCACGUGAAACAUUGGAAAAAAUCGAAAAGAACUUUGCCGCCCCCGUGCCCACACUGAUGAAGCACUGACAACGACCUUGGCCGAAGAAAGGUUAAAUUUCGAGCAAAGCAUGUCCGUCCAAUGCCAUCGGAAUAACUGUUUACAAAACAACUAAUAUCGUUCGGCCUACGGGUUAACGGCGGCGGGAAAAGAACCAUAACAAAAAAUAACGCGACGCAUUCGUUUUUUAUCAAUUUGACACUAACAUGAAGAAAAUAAUACUAUCGCUUUUAAAUAACUAUCCGUAUGACUGGUGAUAUGUAACACGUAGUGUUAUGCGAUAAUAGCGAUUAAAAAUGAUAACGGAUUAAGUUAGCUGCCUAUUCGUGACGAUUCCGUGAACAAGUCAAAAAAUAGUUUCAAUUGUCCAAAUUCAUUUGCAGCGUUUAGCACGGUUUGUAGUGAAAAAAAUUCGGAUUAUUUUUCCUUGUUUUCUUUUCAAAAAAUAAUUCUGCGUCGAUGGAUAAAUUCGCAGCGACGCCCUCGAAAGGGUUUCUGAGGUCGCUGGUAGUUUUUGUGGCCGUCGGCGUAGCGGUUCGUUCGCGUGCGGCUGACGACUCGAAUAAGGUUUACACGCUUAACGGACAAAACUUGCAGUGGCCGUGUUCUUCUACUAAAAAUAUUUACACCAGCACUGGCCAAUACAUUGCCAAGAACAUCAUAGCCACCCGGGUGCAAAUUUGGAAAAAUCGAGCUUUUGUCUUGACCCCGAGAUUCAAAUCUGGCGUUCCAUUCACUGUGUCCGAGGUGAAUCUAAACUGCUCCAACACGUGUUGGCCUAAACUGAUACCGUAUCCUUAUUGGUCUUUACACGAAGAAGGCGAAGCCAAAUCUAUUCAAAACGCGGUAGACAUAUUUCUGGAUCCAUUGGGCAUACUUUGGGUGCUCGACACAGGACUAAUCAAUAACAUGGAACAAGUUGUUCGGACGAGACAACCAAAGAUAGUGGCCAUCGAUGUAAAAACCAACAAGGUAGUUAAAUGGAUUGAUUUGUCCGGUUUGGUGUGUCCCGCCAGUAGACUGAAUUACAUUACUGUGGAUUAUGGUGAGGACGGCAAAGCGUUCGUGUACGUGUCGGACGCAGCGACCAGAGCGGUGAUUGUUUGGGACGUGACCACCGACCGCGGGUACCGCGUAGUUUUGCCCAAAGCGAUCACUCAAGACGGCGGCAAGAGGGACGUGCUAUAUAUCGCUUUGUCACACAAGUCAUCCGGAAACGUGCUGUAUCUGACGUACCUCAGUAGCAAUCGCAUGUACGCCAUUAAGACCUGUAACUUACGUAUGGGCUGCGCUGAGGGCACCGUCACCGACCUGGGACCCAAGCCAAAUAAGAUGGUCAUUCUGGGCACCGACGGCAAGUCCAAUUUGUACUUCAGGUACCGUGGACAAGGUGACGUCUACGUGUGGGACACCGACACGGACUUUGGCAACUUCUCGUUACUUCAGAAAACCGCCGAUUGUAGACUAGCUACACACGUAUUGCCUGGCCCAGACAUCACGUGGGUCGUGGAGAGCAACUUCCCAGACUACAUAUCCAAUUCGGUCGGCUGUUUUGGUGCCAACGUCCGGUUGCAUCCACUCGAGAAACUCAUUGGAUCGUAACAUUACUACGCUAUUUAUAUAUACAUACGUUGUAAUUAUAUUGAUUAUUAUUAUUUUGUUAUACUUAAAUUAUAAUUGGCCAGACUGA